AUGGUACAUUUAGUUAUACACUUGCCUGAAGAAGCCAUUCGAGGAGGACCAGUUCACUUAAGAUGGAUGUAUCCAUUUGAACAUUUUCUUGGAUCGCUAAAGAAAUAUGUCAAGAAUCGUGCACAUCCUGAGGGUUCGAUUGCUGAGGCAUACAUUGUGAACGAAGCUCCGACUUUUUGUUCAUUGUAUUUAACUGGAAUUGAUUCACGGUUUAACCGACUGGCCAGAAAUUGGAUAGACGAUGAAGAUCGUAUUGUUGAAAAGAUUUCUGUAUUUGAUACUCGCUGUCGGCCAAUUGGGAAGAUGCCCCCCGUCACAUUGGAUACUCAUUUACGAGAGAAAGCCGAGUGGUGCGUCCUACAUAACUGUCCAGAAAUUCAGCAGUUCAUUGAUGACCAUAGGAAGGAGAUUGAUGGCGACGGUGGAAUCAUACCAUUAGAUGAAAUUCAAUCGAAAGAGUUUCCAAAAUGGUUUAAGAAUAAGGCUGUUGAGUAUGUAAACACCGUCAUUGCUCCCACAUUGAUUGCCGAGGAUCCAACCGAGCAGGCUGCUAUUGAUAACUUGGUUAUUCAAAAACUUGACAGAACUUUGAACAAGUGGGGUUGGGACAGUCGUAAGUUAGGUGCAAAUGCGGUAUUGGCAGUGUCGAUUGCGGUAUGCAAAGCAGGUGCUCAUGUCAAGGGAAUCCCUCUCUACAGGCAUAUCUCAAACCUAGCCGGUAACACUAAGAAUAACUUGUCGUUGCCUGUUCCUGCUUUCAACGCCAUCAAACAUGCUACACAUGCAUGCUUCUUGAAGAGUUCAUGCUUCUACCCUUUGCGGGUUUCACGUUUGUUGAGGCUUUUAAGAUGGGUAGGGACUGUGUAUUACGACCAUAUACAGGCUCCAUUUUUGGAGGAAUAUGGUAGAGAUGAAAUUAAGGACCAUGAUGAAGGCUCUCUCUCGCCUAAUAUUCAGGUUUUUAUCGGAGUGGAUAUGGCUGCAUCUGGUUCUGAUGAAACAAUGGAUAAGGCCUACAAGCUUAGCUUGCUUAAAGAGGUGAGUAAUCUGCGUGAGACUGUCAAUGUAAUGAGACUUGGCGAAACGGAGGAUGACUUCAUUGCUGAUCUUUGUGUGGGUUUGGGAGCGGAUAUAAUUAAGAUAGGAGUCCCCAUUAACCAUGAGCGCUUGAAGAUGUAUAACCAGGUUUUUAUCGGAGUGGAUAUGGCUGCAUCUGGUUCUGAUGAAACAAUGGAUAAGGCCUACAAGCUUAGCUUGCUUAAAGAGGUGAGUAAUCUGCGUGAGACUGUCAAUGUAAUGAGACUUGGCGAAACGGAGGAUGACUUCAUUGCUGAUCUUUGUGUGGGUUUGGGAGCGGAUAUAAUUAAGAUAGGAGUCCCCAUUAACCAUGAGCGCUUGAAGAUGUAUAACCAGCUUUUACAAAUUGAGUGCGACUUUCUACGUGAUCCGGAGUAUGUUUGA